AAGUUGCAUAAUCUUUGAAACAAAUCUUCCUGGAAUCUGUUUUUGUCCAAACAAAGUUCUGGUAUUUUAUCUGCAAUUACAAACCUGCUCCAAACUAGGCGUGUAAUGACAAGACACUUUCCUCGGAAAGGCUGCUUAGCCUAAGGCUGACGAAAUUCAAGGAGGAAGUCAUUCAGGUUGUCUUCAUUCACUGGACUUUCAUUUUGUGAGCGGCACCUCAGAGGAAUAAGGCACAACUGACUUUCUCCUGGAAGACAAAAUGAAUACAACCAACUGCAUAACCAGACACAUGGACUUAUUUGAGAAUAAAGUGCUGCCUGCUCUUUACAUUUUUGUAUUCGCUGUUGGACUGCUGCUGAAUGUAUGGGGAAUUAAGUCUUUGCUGCACAACUGGAAGAAACUGCGGAUUGUUAACAUUCUUGUUCUUAACCUUGGACUAGCAGAUAUGUUGUAUCUGCUGACACUCCCCUUUCUGAUUGUGUACUAUCUUAAAGGAAGCAAAUGGACCUUUGGAGUACCUUUCUGCAAGAUAACAAGAUUCUGCUCUAAACUGAAUUUAUAUGGGAGUAUCGGAUUCCUCACCUGUAUAAGUGUGUACCGAUUCCUGGGUGUUGUCCAUCCAAUCAGAGUAAAGGGGAGACUGACUUCAACUCACUCUGUAGUCAUCUCAGUCCUGGUGUGGAUUUUUGUAAGUGCUCAAAGUUUUCCAGACAUGUUGUUCCCCAAACAUUCAGAGAACAUGACUGGACAAUGUUAUGAUACAACUGAUUUGAAAAAUGUGGAGAGAUACCUGCACUACAGCCUCUGCUGGACGUUCAUCGGAUUCUUCAUCCCGUUCGUCGUCACCGUGGGCUGCUAUGGACAUGUGACUCUUGUUGUCUGCCGCUCAAAUACGGUGAAAAAGCAUCGGAAACAACAAAUCUUAAAACUGAUGGUUUUAUUGCUUUUUCUCUUCUCAUUUUGUUAUGCGCCCUACCAUGUAUUCAAGAACAUGACCCUGUAUGCCAGAGUUCAGUUUACCAGGGAUAUUUGCCCCACGUGGAAUUCUGAAGUUUUCAUUGCACAUCAGGCAAGUCGUGGUCUCGUGAGCCUGAACAGUGCUCUUAAUCCGCUGGUUUACUUAAAUGUAAAUAAGGAUAUGACUGUUCAGUUGAAGCAGCUGUUGGAUCAAGGCUCACAGAGUUUCAGACGUUUGUUCGAGUCCAGAUCCAGUUCUGUGCCGGUGCCACAGAGUGAAGAAGAAGCUGUCAGUUCUUUUUAAGAAAAGGUCUGAUUUUUGGUGACUGUCACAAGGGAAAUCGUUGUGAUGUUCUUUUCACUUUGUAUUCUUCCAUCUUCUUGAUUAAUUAAUCAAACUUAACUGUCCCUGCUACAAUAGCAGAUAAUAUAAUGUGGGAAUGGAGAAAGUCUCUUUUGAACACAUUUGGUUGAAUAAUUUUUUUGUUUGUUUUCAUCCACACAUGAUCAAAAUUAUGUACUGUAUACGCAUACACAUUUAUUCUUUCUUUCAAAUGUUCAUUAUGAAUACACACUGCAAUAUAAUGCGAAGACAUUCAGACUAAACACAAA